AUGGCCACGGGUAAUUUCGCCCUCACGGAUUUAAUGUUUUUGGCCGACGUCGCUACAUCGACGGGGCUGGCGGAGCGGAACGGCGCGGCGAUGACCGCAGCGCCGAGUCCGGACACGCCGACGGUAGCGCCGGUCGUGUCUAUGCCGCAAAGCUCGGAGAUGUCCCGUGAAUCCACGGCGUUGGUUGCGGCGUUCGCUCAGGCCUUACAGAGCAUGCAGAGGCAAACGCCGCCGCCAAGAACCCUCAUCCGCAUUCCGGUGCCGGAGUACAGCGGACACAGCGAUCGAGCUCUGAGCGCGACCGACUUCUUGCUGGAAAUCCAGCGAUAUCGGAAGGCUACCGGCCUGACAGAGAGGGAGACGCUAGGCAGAGUUCUGCCGGUGGCUCUUGUAGGCCCAGCAGCCAGGUGGCAUCGCCUUGUGGGCGAGUCAGCCGGAACACUCGACGAGUUCACGGCCCUCUUCCGACAAGAAUUCUUGCCGGCAGACUACCUGCCAAGAAUGCGCAGGGAACUGGAGGAAAGAACGCAGGCUCCCGCUGAGCCCUUCGGAGAGUACUUGCGGGCAAUGCAGGAACUCCUGCAGAUCGCCGAUCCGAAUGCUACGAACCAGGAGCAGGUCGAGCGGGUGGUGAGGCAGGCGCAUCCCACCUUCUCGCGGUAUCUGCGUGGGCGCCCAUUCGGAAGUCUGAGUGAGCUCGCACAGGAGGCGCGCAGGGUUCAGGCCGACAUACUGGCGGAGCGCAGGUACCACCUUCCCCCAGCACCAAUCGACACGCUCGAACCGCGAUGCGCGUGGCAGGGGCCGGUGCCACGUGGGUAUCGACGGGGGGAGGCCGCAAUGGCGGAGGCCAGCGGGGAGCCGAGCGGGAAUCCCUGGGAGCUCACGGAUGACGCCUUGGAGCCAGGAUCGCGCCGAGGAGGGAGCGCGGCCGUCCACGCGACGGAAUUCCGUCCGACCGGCGCACCACGGAUCGCCGCAGCCCAGGAGCAGGCUGCCGCCGACCCGCUGCCACAAAGGGGUGAGCGCAUCGGACGUCCCACUGGGGAGAAUCCUAUCCCAGGUUGGCGAGGCCGCUGCUUUCGGUGCCACGAAAUCGGAUUCCGGGAAACGGAGGAGGCCGCCGAUAAAGUUAUCGGCGGCGAAACAGACCAACGAGCGGGUCCCCGA